UACCACCGUUGCGAUCUUCAUCCUCUUCUUCCUCCUCCCCUCGUCGCGUUCUUGCCCUAGCGUAACAGAAAACUCUGCAAAAUCUUCUCCGCACAGUCGUUGAGCCAUGUCUUCCUCGAAGAAAUACUACAAGGAGAAGAUGGCGCGUCGAAAGGAGGAGAAACCGGAGGAGCCAGAGCUGCCGAAGUACAGGGACCGCGCGAAGGAGCGUAGGGAAGAUCAGAAUCCGGAUUAUGAGCCUACCGAAUUGGGCUCGUUCCAUGCCGUUGCUCCGCCAGGCACCGUCGAUCUCAGGUCGGCUGAUGCGAAUAAGCUUUCUAUUGAGAAGAGCAAGUAUCUCGGAGGUGAUGUUGAGCACACGCACUUGGUCAAAGGUUUGGAUUACGCCUUGCUUAACAAAGUCAGGAGUGAGAUGGUUAAGAAACCUGAGGCUGGAGAUGAUGCUGAUGCCAAGUCCAGAGAAGCUAAAGAAGACCAGCAACUCUCAUUCCGAACUGCAAUGGCAAAGUCGAUCUAUCAAUGGAUUGUGAAGCCUCAAACCGUCAUCAAGACAAAUGAGAUGUUUCUGCCUGGUCGAAUGGCCUUCAUUUAUAACAUGGAAAGUGGAUACUCAAAUGAUAUUCCAACGACCUUGCAUAGAAGUAAAGCUGACUGUCCAGUGCCUGAGGAAAUGGUGACUGUCAGUGUUGAUGGUUCCGUACUGGAUCGUAUUGCCAAAAUUAUGUCGUAUCUUCGCCUUGGGUCUUCUGGGAAGGUUCUUAAGAAGAAAAAGAAGGAAAAAGAUGCAAGAGUAGGAAAGAUUUCAACUCUUGGUAAUGGGUUUGAGGAGCACAAAACCAGGUCGGAUAAUGGAAUGUCAAAAAACCAGACUGAAAAGGAGAGUUUGCCACCUCCUCCGCCCCCUCCAAGGAAAAUUCAUGUGGAGUCCAUGGAGAAACAAGGACCUUCAGUUGCUAGAGAAGAGGAGGAUGACAUAUUUGUUGGGGAAGGAGUCGAUUAUGCUGUUCCUGGUAAGGACCCAAAUCAGAGCCCUCUUUCAGAGGAUAUGGAAGAAUCUCCUCGAAAUAGGGAAAAAGUCUCUUACUUCAGUGAGCCUGCUUACGGUCCAGUUCCACCUUCAUUGCCUCCUCAAGAAUGGCAAGAAAUUAACGGUUACGAUGCAACACAAGGACAAGCAUUAGCUGCUGGUUACCAGGGAGAGUGGCAAGAUUAUCAGUAUGCUGAGCAAUUGGCCUACCAGGAACAGUACUUCCAGCCAAAUAUGCCUCCGUUCGAUAUACAAGCCAGUUUAAAUGCGCAUCAAGAUCCACGGUUCAUGACACAAGAGGAGAAGGAUAGAGGUCUAGGAUCCGUCUUCAAGCGAGAUGAUCAAAGGCUUCAACAAUUGAGGGAGAAAGAUGCACGAGAAAAAGAUCCAAAUUUCAUCUCUGAGAGUUAUUCUGAAUGCUAUCCUGGAUAUCAGGAGUACAACCGGGAGAUUGUAGACAGUGAUGACGAAGACGAUUUGUCGAAAAUGGAUAUGGGUGGACGAGCAAAAGGGCGACUUCACCGCUGGGACUUUGAGACAGAAGAUGAAUGGGCAACAUACAAUGAGCAGAAGGAAGCAAUGCCCAAGGCCGCAUUUCAGUUUGGGGUAAAGAUGCAAGAUGGUAGGAAGACCCGAAAGCAAAAUAAGGACCAGAAGCUCACGAACGAGCUGCACCAGAUUAACAAGAUACUUGCCAGAAAGAAGAUGGAGAAGGGUGGCGAGUCAAAUGACGAUGGUGGUGGGCAUUACGAUGACGAACUAAAACCUGGCAAAAAGCUUCGAAUAUGACCGGGCAAGGUGAACGAUAGUUUACAAUAUGCAGAGUGACAAGUCGUUUGUCGUAUGUAAGCUUCAAUGGUGCGAUUUCGUAGAAUCGAAUAAAAUCUAUGUUGUUUUCUC